AGUGGGCGUAUCCACCCGGGUGAACCGUUCAGAAAUAACGAGAUUGAAGGGCGGGGGUCACUCGAUAGAUGACUAUUCGACCGACGAAAAAUGAAUUCAGUUCACAAUGGAAGAUUCCAGAUGAUCAUCUAGAGCGCUGGAAUACUAUCCCCCCUCCAUUGCCCUCAAAUGAUGAGGUCAGUCCGGUACACCCUAAUCCAGAACGUCAACUUGAAAAUCAUCAACCAGCUGGCCCUUUGCGCCCACCUUAUAAUGGCCACGUUCUUCCAAAUAGUCCACCUGAUGCAAAUAUUCCACCUAACGAAAAUCUUCCAAUCGGUUAUCAUGUUCAUAAUAUGCCUUUUCGAAUGAGUCCAGUUUUUCAAGGCACAGCCCCUCGACGCCUUUCCUCCAUCAAUAGAUAUUUAGCUCCAGAGCCUGGUAGUGUCAAUGUUCCUAGAAACCUACGACCUUCAGAUGGUAAGCACCAGUAAAUGCGAAAUAAAAAUGGUUCAUGAACUUUAUGUCAAAUUCGCAACAUAUGAAAAUCAUGUACGUGAUAAUUUUGAAAAUAAAAUCGUAAUUCACUAACAAA